CUUCCCUUCUCAAAUCUCCUUUUACGAUCCCUUUUUUUAUAUGCCCCAAAAACCCGAUUUCAAACCCGCCAAAUAAAAGAAAAAAACAGGUUCUUGACUGAACUUCACCGUUUUCCGAUCAAUUCGAUAUGGAUUCGACGGUCUCGAUUGAUCCGAUUGACCGAUCAGAGCUUGAAUCAGCGACUCUAGGGCAAAAGAGACCUUUACCUAAUGGAUUUGAAUCAUUUGAAAAUGAAUUAGGUUAUAAGAAGGCAAAGUUAGGUGAAAAAGAUGUGAAGUUGGAUGUGAAGAGAGUGGCGGAAAUCGUGUUGGUAUUGGCGACGAUGGGGAGAAUGAGAGGCGGUAGGAAACCGAGUGAGGUUGAAGUGGAGAUGAUGCGUGAGGCGAGGGCGAAACUGGCGGAUGUUUGUAAAGAGUUUGCGCCGAAAGAUAUAUUUCCUGGGGAUAGGUUUGGGAGUGUUAUUGAAGAUUUGGGUUUGAAUAAGUUAGGUGACCACAAGUUAGGGGUUAGUAAAUCGAAGCUCACAAUUUCUGAGAAGGUGCUUGUUACUAAGCGGAAGAUGGAAAAGUCUGAGGUGUUUCCAUUAUAUUCUGAUAUGUACAUACCUCCACAACAACCAAGUGGGGCCACUACGGCAAAUUCACGAACUUUACCCUAUCAGUUGCCCACAAGUGAGGUAAAGCCCGGGGGGUCAAAUUCGUUGCGUUCGGGAAAGGAUUAUUCAUCGGUAACAAGGUCUCUGGCUGAUAGUCCACAUUUCAGGGUAGAUGGUGGAGCAAAUGGUUCUUAUCCAUCACAUUCACAAGGGAAAACUCCGGCAAGGUCUAUGCAGUCUCCGUCUCCUUCUGUUACUAAAGGUGUAGUGGACAUGGUACUUGCUCACAGCUCUGUUAAGGCAGAGGGCUUAUCUGAUAUCACUACAGCUCGGGUUUCUGGCCAAGGGAUUACAUCUAAACCAUCCAUCACUCAGGUACCACCUAACCCCAUGAUCACUAAUCAACACCGCAUGAACUUCAUUCGAGGGCCUUCUCUUGCUGAGACCCACAGAGAAGUCAGUAAAAUUGUGCAGACAUUACUACAGCCAUAUCUGUUAAAAGAUCCCACAUGGACUUCUCCUUCAAGAGAUUACAUGAGCAAGCCUUUGCCUUGUCAAAUGUGCAAGGCUAUAAUUAAUGAAGUGGAUACUACAGUCGUAUGUGAUGCUUGUGAGAGAGGGUAUCACUUGAAAUGUCAAUCUAAUCCAAAAUAUAUCCCUAGAGAUGAGUGGCAGGAAUGGCAUUGCGCAAAAUGUUUGGCUAUUAGCAAUGGAAAACCCAUACCCCCUAAAUACGGCCGUGUUAUGAGGAACAUAAGUACACCAAAGUUAUCUUCUAACUCUGCAGUAGAUCAACCGUCUUCAGACAAGAAAAUGCGAUCGGAUGUGAAUGUAAGUCAGCAAACGACGGCAACAAAUGGGAUCGUGGGAAAUUACAAUAAACAGACAGCAAUGCAACUCAAUCAGAAACAAGAAUGUCGGGAAGAGAAUGCUCCUGUUAACACUUGUGUAAGUUGCUUGGUUGAAGGAUCAAAUGACGAAAAGCUCAAAAUUGUGUCAGAAUCACAGCCUCUUGCAAAUUUGGAGGAAAGUCAUGAUAGUGAUAACAACAAAAUUCCACGAAGUAUUACAGACAUGUUGGCAAAGCAAUCACAAAACAGUAACCUUUUAGAAAAUAUCCCAGAAAUUUCUUCUAAUGGUGCAAUUGAGGAGGAUAGACAAGGUGAAUCUCGGAAAACAAGUGAAAUUGGUAUAUUGGUUGACGAACAAGAAGUGCCAUCAUCAAGUAGCAUGCAUGAAGUUGAAUGGGUUGGUGCUGCACUAAAAGAAAUUGAUGGAAAAACAUACUAUCAGUCUUGUUGUAUAAAUGGAAUUGUAUAUAAAGUGAAGGAUUAUGCUCUGUUCACAUCUCCUACCAACAAAUAUAUACCUAAUAGACUAGAGGCCAUGUGGGAAGAUGGCAAGACAACAAACAAGUGGGUUAACGUUAGUCGCUGUUUCUUCCCUGAUGAUUUGCCUGAAGGAGUUGGUCAUCCAUGUGCUCCAGAAAGCAAUGAGGUAUAUGAAUCCAAUCAUGAAAGCACGCUAGCAGCUGGCUUGAUUCAUUCCUCAUGUGAAGUCCUUCCUCCAAGCAAGUUCUCUGAAGAAAGUGCCAUGCAAACUCGCUUGAUGGAAAGAGGCAAAGAAAGUCGAAAACCUGUUUUUCUUUGCAAAUGGUUUUAUGAUGAAACAAAGCGGCUAUUUCGUGAUGUUACCUGCUAGUGUAGCUCAUGUAUUACUUUUGCAGGUGACUCAAAUAUCUCAUUCUGCCAGUAAAGUUUACACUGUAAUAUAGGCUUGCUUUUUUGGCCGAUUCUUUCAACUGUUAUGUUAGUAAGUACAUAAUUGAGGUGUAAUCUUAAGUUCAUCUAAUCCUUUGGGAACUUACUGACCAUAGUUCUAAUGUGUUCCAUCUAUGUUCUUUUCAGUUGGUAUAGUUACUUUUAAAUUUAUAUGUAAUGUUUAACUGACAUUUAUUUCUACGUAACUUCAUAUUGUUUGCUCA